GAAGGCUAAAUUAUUUUUCUGUUGCAGAAUCUUCAGYAACACUAUUCUGAAAACUAGUCCAAAAAUGUCUUCUCUUGAUACCCUCUUUAAAUACAUUGAUGAACAUCAGGACCUUUAUGUUCAGCGCCUGGCUGAGUGGGUGGCAAUCCAGAGUGUGUCAGCAUGGCCCGAGAAGAGGGGUGAAAUCAAACGCAUGAUGGAGGUUGCUGCCAAGGAUAUUGAGCGCCUGGGAGGCAYCACCAAACUUAUGGAUAUUGGGAAACAAAAGCUGCCUGAUGGAUCAGAGAUCCCCCUACCACCAAUUGUCCUGGGAACACUGGGCACAGAUCCAUGCAAAAAGACGGUGUGUGUAUAUGGUCACCUGGAUGUUCAGCCAGCAGCACUAGAGGAUGGCUGGGAUAGCGAACCCUUCACACUGGUGGAAAGAGAUGGAAAGUUGUAUGGGCGAGGAUCAACAGAUGACAAAGGUCCAGUGCUUGCCUGGCUAAAUGCCUUGGAGGCUUAUCAAAAAACUAACCAGGACUUUCCGGUAAAUAUUAAGUUUUGCCUAGAGGGUAUGGAAGAAUCAGGAUCUGAAGGCCUUGAUGAAUUGAUUUUUGCUCAACGAGAUACCUUCUUCAAAGAUGUGGAUUAUGUUUGCAUUUCUGACAACUACUGGCUGGGCAAGAAGAAGCCUUGUAUCACUUAUGGCUUACGAGGUAUCUGCUACUACUUCAUAGAGGUGGAAUGUUGUGACAAAGACCUUCACUCUGGAGUUUAUGGUGGUUCAGUGCAUGAAGCCAUGACAGAUCUCAUUGCUCUAAUGGGUUCUCUUGUAGACAAGAAAGGGAAAAUCCUCAUCCCAGGUGUUAAUGAAGCGGUGGCGCCUGUUACUGAUGAGGAGCUUGCAUUAUAUGAGAAGAUUGAUUUUGACCUGUCAGAAUAUGCAAAAGAUGUAGGAGCAGCAAGACUCCUGCAUGAUGCAAAGAGAGAGAUCCUUAUGCACAGGUGGAGAUUCCCUUCCUUGUCUCUCCAUGGAAUUGAAGGAGCCUUCUCAGCCUCUGGAGCCAAGACUGUGAUUCCUAGGAAAGUGAUUGGCAAGUUCUCAAUCAGGCUUGUGCCAAACAUGACUCCUGAAGAAGUAACGAAGAAUGUUGAAGACUACUUGAAGAAAAAGUUUGCAGAGCUGCAGAGUCCUAACAAAUUCAAAGUGUACUUAGGCCAUGGUGGAAAACCCUGGGUGUCAGACUUUAACCAUCCCCACUACAUGGCUGGUAGGAGGGCCAUGAAGACAGUUUUUGGAGUUGAACCAGACCUGACAAGAGAGGGAGGAAGCAUUCCUGUUACCCUUACGUUUCAAGAAGCAACAGGCAAGAAUGUCAUGCUGCUUCCAGUUGGAGCUGCAGAUGAUGGUGCCCACUCUCAAAAUGAAAAACUAAAUAGGUACAACUACAUCCAGGGGGUGAAGAUGCUUGGUGCAUACCUCUAUGAAGUUUCCCAGCUGAAGGACUAAGUUAGACACAUCAUCUUUUGGUUUAUGGAUCAGCAGUCUGAAUUUUCUCACAAAAUGUCAUCAAUUACCAAGUCUUUGAUUGCUCCCCUCUUCUACCAACAUUCCACUUUGGUGGGGAAGAGGGAAGUGGGCAGUUCCACUUGACAAAGAACAAAGUGCACCAAAAAUACUUCUUUAAAAGCUUACUUUAGAUGAACAGACUAUUCGUUAAGUGGUCAGCAGUCCUGAACUGCUUCUUCAUCCCCUCUGUAUCACUUCAGUUUGCUGUAUUCAUCUACUUUUCCUGCAAAGCAAGAGGAAUGGUUUGCUCUCAGCAAUUUAAGCAGCCACAGCAGUGACAGAACUGCCAACCAAUUUAAGGUUCUUCUUCCUGGGUAUGUCCUGGAAACAAGUAGCCAAGAUUACGGGGCUACACUGGAAUGUGUUCAAACUGUAGUAAGACAUCUGUCUCUGCUGAAUGAUUUGGAGGAGCAGUUUGUCUCUUGCAGUUUAUGCCUGUCUGCAAGUUUUCAAUUUGCAGGGAAUCAGGUUGUAAUAAACUUAAUCAGGUUGUAAUAAACUUCAUUGUGGUAAUGACUACUGGCCAUUUUUUUAAAGCUGCCUUUGUACCAAAAAAAAUUAAACAAAUAAUCAUGCUGUAGUUUGGCUCUUGGUCUCUAAGGUUUAAAUAUUGACUUGGGAGGGAAAGCAGCUUUGGGAACUUGAGAGGGACACCUCUGUGGCUACACAGACUAUAUGUUGUGGUAAUCCAAAUUUUUAUUCCCAGGGUCUGGCUCCAUAACAUGUUGUUGACUUGAAGCAGAUGUGGGAAAAUGCUGCUCUCCUGAGAGAACAAACUCAAAAUGUUUCAUUUCGUGUUUGUGAAGCAUGUCUUCACACUGUAGCAUAAUUGAUAAUACUGCAAGUGAGUGAAUGGAAUUUGUAGGCAUAAGCAGGUAGAGAUCACUUGUUGCAGGUAGCACU